CAGCGCAUGAAAAAGAAAAGAAAAGAAAAGAAGAGAAAAGAAAAGAAAGGGAGAGGACAGAGAGUACGAGGAGAAGAAACAAGGGAGCAAAAUACGAAAGAAGAAGGAAAGAGGAAGAGGAAGAAGAGACGGCGCCGGCCAGCCUGAGAGAGCCAUUAUCGCCACCGACAGAGAAGGAGGGAGAUAACGCUGGCCAAGAGAGGGAAGAGAAACAGAGAGACGAAGGGAAGGAGAGAGAAACAGAACGAGGCAGAGAGGACUGCGAGGGAAGAAGGAGAAGAGGGAGCUGACGACGGCGGCGGUGAGAGAGGCGGUCGCCGCAGCUGAAUCGAGAGAGAGAGAGAGAGAUAACGAACCUCAAUGGUGGACGUCGCCUAGAUCAGUGGAAUUAGCUAGAGAGAACAGAAGCAAUGAAGAAGAGAGAACAUUGUGGAUUGAUGAAUCAGAGAAGAAAAUGAGAUCGUGGAUGGAUAGUUACAGUGCAGCAUCAAUGUACAUUUAUACAAGGUGAGAGUGUGUGUAAAACGUGAUAAUCAGGACUGUACAAGUUAGUUAGCAGUUUCAACCAAUUGGAGGUGAGCUGGCACAACUGACUGAGGGCAUAACUACUUUCAGUUACAGGAAGCUUCUAGAGGUGAGUGAAGGGAAUAUUUUGGCUUUUGAGUAUGAUUUUGGUGAUAUAGUCAGAGGGGUGGCCAAGUCUCUGAUGCCAAAGGUCAAGAGGGAUUUUUGGACUGGAUUUAGGGGCUGGAGCUGCUGGUGAAGUGGUGCUGGUUUUAUGGGUUCUUGGUGUGGCUGGUUGACUGGUAUGGGAGUGGUCUGUGUUGUAGUUGGUGUGCACUAUGGUAGUGAGAACAGCUGAGGCAUUUGUAAGAGGAGGUAGAGGUUUACUUUGAGUGGUCAGAUUGGAAAGUGAACUUGAAUUGGCAGAAGAGGGAUUAGGAUGGUUUGAGUUGGUAGAAGAGGGUUUUGGAUUAAAGUGCAGAUUUUGGCAAGAGUUAAGAUUAGCUGAUGUAUGUGUGAGAGGGGCUAAAGGUUUGCUUUGAGUGGUUAUACUAGAAUUGGCAGAGGAGGGGUUAAGGUUGGGAAGCAGAUUUUGAUACUGAUAUAUUCGUAAUUCCAAGUUUGAGAAUUGACUCGGAUCAGAAUAAAUUGCAUGUUCCAAGUACAGAGUCCUCAAAUUCUGCAGCAAAGUUACUACAGUUGCCAGACUUUUUGGGUAGCUCAUGUAUAUUUCCUAAUGAAGGUGGAUGUCUUAGGUCUAACAAGGGUCCAUGGAGUGAUCCUGAUAUAAUGAAGCUUGUACAUAAUGAGGAUGCAAUAUUUGUGAGGCAAACCAGCCAAGCGUCCAAUGGACAACAGAAAUAUUUUCUAUUGCACCCACUGAAGGCAAGUGGACAAUGCAUUGAUAUGUCAAUAGCAGAAUCAGGACAUAAUAUUGAUGGUUACUCCUCUCCCCUUAGACAAAGGAACUGUCCUUAUCCUCAUUUAGCCUCGGUUCAUGAAGAGCAGAGACGCGGCUAUUCUGUUGAACUAGGAUCUUGUCUCUGGCACCACAUCAAUAGAAGACUUGGUCAGGCAAAUGGAAUACACACUUUGGCAUUUUGGUCUAAAUAUGCUGGGACAGUCCACUUUGUUUUAUAAAUAUAUAAUGUAGAUUUACCCUUAGAUCCUUUU